CCGGACUCGGAUAAAACCCGGAGCGCUCCAGAGCUUCGGCACAGUCUCCUGUCCUGCAGUGGGUCCAGGUGUCUCAGUCCUCAGUGAAGAUGAAGUCCAGUUUGUUCCUGGUGGCGGUUCUGGUGUGCGGCCUGGUCAGCGCUCAGCAGGGCGGUCUGCCUGAGCGGGUCCAGAAGCUGGAGGCGGACAACGACGUCCUGACCAAAUCCAGGGUGGCGUUCUCCGCCGCACUCGUCGACACCAACGAAUGGACCGCCAAAGGCCCGUUUGAGGCUGAUGAAACUCUGAAGUUCGAGAGAGUGAUCACCAACAUCGGCAACGGAUACGACCCGGCAACAGGUCUCUUCACCGCCCCGGUCAAAGGACUCUACUACAUCCAGGUCACUGGAAUCUCCGGUCCGAUCGGUGAGCUGCACGCCGGGGUGAAGAAGAACGGAAUAAACAUGUUCGCCAUCUACCAGAAAGCAAGAACCCAGGCCGGCGCCUCCAACGCCAUGGUGCUGGUUCUGGAGCAGGGAGACCGGGUCUACGUCCAGCUGUGGGCCGGGAAGACCAUCGCUGACCAGGGCCGCCUCAGCACCUUCACCGGGUUCCUCGUCUUCCCCAUGUAGGCCGAGCUGCAGACACCCUGAGCCUCCAGGAAACUCAGCAAGAAAAUCAUCAGAACAACACGUUUCAUCAACACAUCAACCCAGGACUGGUUCUGUCCAGAACAGAACCCACGACUGGUUCUGUCCUGGAGAGUCGAACGAAGCCGAAGUAACAGAAAUAAAACCUGUUAAAAACCACGA